CGCACGCCAGCCCCGGCCGGCGGCCAUCUUUCCUGCCGGCGGCUGCUCCCGGUGCGAGCGCGGCUCCGCGGCCCUGCAGGCGCCCUCGGCCUCGGCCGGAGCAGUGGGGAGGCGUGGAUGAGGGGGGAGGUGAGGAGGAGCGGUCCCCCCAGUGUCGCCGCCUCGCCCCCGAGGGCAGGCCGGGCGGGCAGAGCGCGCGGGGCGGGCUCGGGCUCGGGCUCGGGCUCGGGCUCCGGCUCGGGCUCCGGCUCCGGCUCCGGCCCCGGCUCCGGCCCCGGCCCCGGCUCGGGCUCGCUCCCCGCCGCGGCGCAGUGCUUCCCGCGGCGACCCCUCCUCUCGGCAGACCCCUCCCCGCGGGAGGCCCCGCCCCCGGGGCCCGCCCCGCCCGCCCCGCCGCUCUCGGAGUCGGGGGCUCGUCCCGCAUGGGCUAAGCCGUGAAGAUGUUUAGCUUCGAAGGGGACUUCAAAACGAGGCCCAAGGUGUCCCUCGGAGGCGCCAGCAGGAAGGAAGAAAAGGCUUCUCUUUUACAUCGUACUCAGGAAGAAAGAAGAAAGAGAGAGGAGGAAAGACGAAGAUUGAAAAAUGCAAUAAUUAUACAGUCAUUUAUACGAGGCUACAGAGACCGGAAACAGCAACACGCGGUCCAGAGAAGCGCGUUCGAUCGCUGCGCCGCCGCCUCUCAGUCCGGUGGUACUUUCUCCGUUGCCAGUGGGCCCAACCUUACCCUUUUGGUGAGGCAGCUUCUGUUUUUCUACAAGCAGAACGAAGACUCAAAACGUUUGAUAUGGAUGUAUCAGAACUUAAUUAAACACAGCUCUCUGUUUGUCCAGCAGUUGGAUGGAUCUGAGCGACUUACGUGUUUAUUUCAAAUAAAGAGGUUGAUGAGCCUCUGUUGCAGGUUAUUGCAAAACUGUAAUGAUGACAGUUUGAAUGUUGCACUUCCAAUGAGGAUGCUUGAGGUGUUUUCAUCUGAGAAUACUUACUUGCCUGUUUUACAAGACGCUAGCUACGUGGUGUCCAUCAUUGAACAGAUUUUGCACUACAUGAUUCAGAAUGGGUAUUAUAGAUCUCUCUAUUUGUUAAUUAACAGCAAGCUUCCAUCAAGUAUUGAAUAUUCUGAUUUAUCUCGAGUUCCUAUAGCAAACAUUUUGCUAGAGAAUGUUCUGAAACCAUUGCACUUUACCUACAACUCCUGUCCAGAAGGUGCAAGGCAACAAGUUUUUAGCGCCUUCACUGAGGAGUUGUUGGCAGCACCUUUUACAGAUCAGAUUUUUCAUUUCAUCAUUCCAGCCUUAGCGGAUGCACACACUGUUUUCCCUUACGAGCCCUUCCUGAGCGCACUGUUGUUCCCAGAGAGCAGGCACUCCAAGACGAGCAGUGGGGCACCGUGGCUCUUCUUCUUUGUCUUAACUGUUGGCGAGCAUUACCUGGGAACCCUCUCUGAGGAAGGACUGCUGGUGUAUUUAAGAGUACUCCAGACCUUUCUCUCUCAGCUACCAGUUUCACCUACCGGCACGAGCUGUCAAGAUUCGGCCAGUGACUCGGAAGAUGAGGGUGAAGAGGCCGAUAAGCAGCCGAGCGCUCCGGAGGAUGGUAGGCUCUCAGUACCAUACAUAACGGAGGAGUGUCUGAAGAAGUUGGACACGAAGCAGCAGACCAACACCCUGUUAAACCUGGUGUGGAGGGACUCAGCCAGCGAGGAGGCCUUUACUCUGAUGGCAUCGAUCGGCCACACGCUUAUGGUGCAGCAUCGGAUGGUGGUGCCCAAAGUCAGGCUUCUCUACAGUUUAGCCUUUAAUGCCAGGUUUCUGAGACAUCUUUGGUUUCUCAUCUCUUCUAUGACAACACAGAUGAUCACAGGGUCUAUGGUGCCGCUGCUCCAGGUGAUCUCUAGGGGUUCUCCGAUGUCUUUGGAAGACUCCAGUCGGAUCAUCCCUCUCUUUUACCUGUUUAGCUCUCUCUUCAGUCACUCGCUAAUUUCUAUACAUGACAAUGAAUUCUUUGGAGAUCCCAUAGAAGUUGUAGGUCAAAGACAAUCAUCAAUGAUGCCUUUUACUCUUGAAGAGCUGAUAAUGUUGUCUCGCUGCCUUCGAGAUGCCUGCCUAGGGAUCAUCAAGUUGGCUUAUCCAGAAACAAAACCAGAAGUUCGAGAAGAAUACAUUACAGCGUUUCAAAGUAUUGGAGUUACAACUAAUUCUGAAAUGCAACAAUGUAUACAGAUGGAACAGAAACGAUGGAUUCAGUUAUUUAAGGUGAUCACCAAUCUGGUGAAAAUGCUGAAGGCCAGAGACACAAGGAGAAAUUUCUGUCCUCCAAACCACUGGCUGUCAGAACAAGAAGAUAUUAAAGCAGAUAAGGUCACCCAGCUCUACGUCCCGGCUUCCAGACACGUGUGGAGGUUCCGGCGGAUGGGGAGAAUCGGCCCCCUGCAGUCGAGCCUGGACGUGGGUUUGGAGUCCCCGCCUCUGUCUGUGUCCGAGGAGAGACAGCUGGCCAUCCUGACAGAGCUGCCCUUCGUGGUUCCGUUCGAGGAGCGAGUCAAGAUCUUUCAGAGGUUGAUUUAUGCAGAUAAGCAAGAAGUUCAAGGAGAUGGUCCAUUUCUGGAUGGAAUUAAUGUCACAAUAAGAAGAAAUUAUAUUUACGAAGAUGCUUAUGACAAACUUUCCCCAGAAAAUGAGCCUGAUUUGAAAAAGCGGAUCCGUGUGCACUUACUCAAUGCCCAUGGCCUGGACGAAGCCGGCAUCGACGGUGGUGGGAUUUUCAGAGAGUUUCUGAAUGAGCUGCUCAAGUCAGGAUUUAACCCCAACCAGGGGUUUUUCAAGACCACUAAUGAGGGGCUCCUGUACCCCAGCCCGGCCGCUCAGAUGCUCGUGGGAGAUUCCUUCGCCAGACACUACUACUUCCUGGGCAGGAUGCUUGGAAAGGCUCUCUAUGAAAAUAUGCUGGUAGAAUUGCCCUUUGCUGGGUUCUUCCUGUCCAAAUUGCUUGGAACCAGCGCAGACGUGGACAUCCAUCAUCUCGCCUCGUUAGAUCCCGAAGUGUAUAAGAAUCUGCUUUUUCUCAAGAGCUACGAAGGCGACGUGGAGGAACUUGGGCUGAACUUCACUGUGGUGAACAAUGACCUGGGAGAGGCACAGGUAGUCGAACUAAAGUUCGGUGGGAAAGACAUUCCUGUCACCAGUGCCAACAGGAUCGCGUAUAUCCACCUUGUCGCCGACUACAGGCUGAACAGGCAGAUCCGUCAGCACUGUCUGGCCUUCAGACAGGGCCUGGCCAACGUGGUGAACCUGGAGUGGCUGCGAAUGUUCGAUCAGCAGGAGAUCCAGGUGUUAAUUUCUGGUGCACAAGUUCCCGUAAGUCUAGAGGACCUGAAGUCCUUUACAAACUAUUCAGGAGGCUAUUCCGCCGACCAUCCUGUAAUCAAAGUCUUUUGGAGAGUUGUGGAAGGAUUCACCGAUGAAGAAAAGCGCAAGCUGCUCAAGUUCGUAACGAGCUGCUCCCGACCCCCUCUCUUGGGGUUUAAGGCUGCAGUCCUGGAAGUGGAGGUCAGAGGACGUGCAUGUGUGUGGCUCCCGGUGCCCGCGCCACACCGGCCUCGUGGGCAGCUAGGCCAGGCGGUGCCUUGGAGAAGCUGCUGGCGGUGUCGGUGUGAGCCUUUGCUCCGGUGUUGGAAGCCCAGCUGUCUUGUCACAGCUCUGAGGAGGAAGCAUGUGACAGGUGUGCGGGGCGCUGACCCGGAGCUGAAACCACCCUGUGCCAGAUGCCAGCCAGGGGGGCCGCCGUUUUGCUCCCUGGGCCCCGUUUUCUGGUACAGUGAGGGGUGCAGCAGCUAGCUGGGUGUCUGAAAUCCUGUAGCAAGGGAGCUAAAACCAGGCUUGCCUGAGAGUUGGCAGAUUCAGGCUUUCAGGAUGAAGACCGUCUCCACUUCAUCGGGCUCCUGUUGGAGGAGGACAUGUAAAUCACGUCUUGUGUCUAAUGGUGUUUGUUGUAAGAGGGAGAUAGAGUCCCUGGUUAUUUGUGGCUAUGAAAGAGCUGUCCUUCCCAGAGAUCGCACGUUCAUCCUGCCUGAUCAAGUUAACCUGCAGAUACAUCUGCACAGGGUGAGGUGACUUAGCACGUGCGUAUUCAUAGCAUCGUCAUUGGUAAAAUUAGUAAGUACAAUAAAUAACGUAACUGUCCAUCAACAAGUGGUGCUGCGUACAUCGAGUAGAAUACCAUACAGCCUCAAAAGAGGGAACCAGAUUGAUUGAGAAAGAUCGUAGAGACAGAGUAUCAUGUGAACGACGAUCGAGGUCCACACAGUGUGCAUAGUGUGCUAACGUUUUCUAUUUUAAAGUGGGGAGGGAGAAGAUACUUUCUUGUCUGUGCACGAAUCUCUGUGAGAAGGUACUUAAGACCCUGAGCACGGCUGCUCGUGGGCCGGGAGCCAGCUGCCGGGAUGGACAGAGUUUGCGCGUGCCUGAGAAAACAGUGUCUAAAACGUAAGCGCUUAGUCCCUUCGUCCUGCCAGCGCUGCUGGGACAAGCAGGACAAGCGAGCCACGCCAUCCGCCGCCCUCUUGUCCCGCACCUGGUCACUGAACUCACGGAGGAGCUUGGUCGCUCCUCUGUACGUCUUGUGAGCCUGGUCAUUAGAGGAUCAUCAGACUCCGGAUUUGAAUUUUUCUUUUUUGGUAGUAGUGUUGCAUAGAUAAAACGUCGUCUGCUUUACAUUGUGUCACUUCAGCGUCAAAGACCCAGUGUCUGAGUCGGCGGCCGGAGGGGCCGGGACUGGUGCGCGGCUUCGGUCCGCCUGCUGCAGAGGCCCCUUGCGGCCGCGCCCUAGACCCGUUCUUUCCUGUGCUUGUGAAACAGCCACGGUCCACCUGCAGCAUCUCUUCACUUCUUAGCAGACAUUUCCCCCGAAGAAAAGCUUUAUUUUUUCUCAUCAGUUAUUUGGUUACCCUGAGGACUCUUUGUGCAGAAAUGACACCUCCUUAAGGCAACCGUAUGUUUAGCUGCUUUACUAUCACCACGAACGCAUGGACUUUCACAUUUUGCGUGUUUCCGUCAAUUCCAAGCAUUCCUUUUCGCCUUCCAACCCACCUGAAGGCAGGGGGGGUGUGGGGUGGCUGGCUUUCUGGUGUACACAUGGUGACACUGGUGCAUUUCCUGGCUCCAUAUGGAAUCCCGUAUUUUCCCAAGGAGCCUGGUUCCUUCCCAUGAGAAGUGGGUCUACAGAAACCAAACCUGGGCACUCAGGCUGUUCAUUGUCACAUGUGGUUAUUGUUUCCAGGCCCUGGAAACCAUGGACAGCGUCAGGAAAUGGGUGCGGUUUUUGCCCUAAGAGAAAAAUACAUCACAAGUUCAAACUGACCUUUCCAAUUCAAAUUUAAACUUCCAAGGUUUUCGGGGUGGCUCAGUCGGUUAAGCAUCUGCCUUCGGCUCAGGUCAUGAUCCCAGGGUCCUGGGUUUGAGCCCCGCAUCGGGCUCCUGGCUCAGCGGGAAGCUUGCUUCUCCCUCUCCCUCUGCCUCUCUCCCUGCUCAUGCUUUCUCUCUCUCUCUCUCUGUAUCUCUGUGUCUCAAAUGAAUAAAUAAAAUCUUAAAAAAAAAAAAAUUUAAACUUCCAAGGUUUUUAUUUCUUUGAUUUUAUAUUUGGAUCUUAUUUUAAUGGGGACAGUUGUGGUUUUUAAUUUGCUUUUUUUUUUAAGAUUUUAUUUAUUUAUUUGACAGAGAGAGACAUAGCGAGAGAGGGAAC